UAGACUGCACUACAGAGCCAGACCUAGCUCUAGACUGCACUAUGGAGCCAGGAGCCAUGCCACUGCUGGAGCUUGUCCUGUUGGUGCUGCUGUUGGUGAUAGGGGAGGGAGAACCUGUGUGCAGGCUGCAGGGCAGGGCAGAGCUGCCAGAGCUGGCCAAGGACGGGGACCUUGUCAUCGGAGGCAUCUUCACCUUCCAGACGGAGUACGACGGCAGGGUACCCAACUUCCAGAGUUUACCAGACCCACCAAGGUGUAAGAAUAUGAAUUUCAGAGAAUUCCAAUUUGCACAAACACUUAUAUUUGCAAUUGAAGAAAUCAAUCGAAAUCCGGCAAUUCUCCCAAACCAUACUCUGGGCUACAACAUCUACAAUGCGUGUGGAUACGACAACAUCUUGAAGUCUGGUUUGGCUUUAGCCAGUGGCCAGGAGAAAUUUAUCGAUGAAGGGAACUGCACCAAGACAGACAUGGCUCAGGCUGUCUUAGGCCACUCUGCUUCGACACCAACAAUCGGAUUGGCCCGAAUCAUCGGAAGGUUUCGUAUACCAGUAAUCAGCCACUUUGCCACCUGUGCUUGUCUGAGUAACAGAAAGGAGUUCCCCUCCUUCUUCAGAACCAUCCCCAGUGACUUCUACCAGAGUAGAGCCCUGGCAAAGCUGGUCAAACACUUUGGCUGGAGCUGGGUGGGGGCUAUAAGCAGUGAUAAUGACUAUGGGAAUAGAGGCAUAGCCACCUUUAUGAUAUCUGCACAGGAGGAGGGAGUGUGUAUAGAAUACUCUGAGGCAUUUGAGCAGACAGGUCCCCGCCAUGAGCUUCUCAGGAUAGUGGAGAUUAUUAAACAGUCCAGUUCAAAGGUCAUCAUGGCCUUCAUGACCCACAGGGAGAUCAAGGUUCUGGCGAGUGAGCUCUACAGGCACAAUAUCACAGGACUACAGUGGCUCGGCAGUGAUGCCUGGAUCACAGACCCUUCUCUCACUGCCAUCGAGGGUCACAGCGCCCUUGUGGGCGCCAUAGGCUUCACGGUGACCAGGGCUCACAUCCCUGGGCUUGGAAAGCAUCUGAGGGAUGUCCACCCCUCUCACUUCCCCAACAGCAUGUUUCUCAGGGAUUUCUGGGAGAUUGUGUUUGACUGCUCUCUCAAUGUGACCACAGAACCUAAGAGGAAGCCAUGCAACGGGUCAGAGAGUUUAAGAGACGUGCAGAACACAUUCACAGAUGUGUCCAAGCUGACAUUCACUAAUAACGUGUAUAAGUCUGUGUAUGCUGUAGCUCACGCCCUCCACAACCUGUUGACAUGUGAGGAGAGUCAGGGCCCCUUCUCUAAUGGGAGCUGUGCUCAACCUACACGCAUUCAGCCAUGGCAGCUGUUGCACUAUCUGCAGUCUGUCAAUUUCACAACGGGAGAGGACGAGAGAGUCUUUUUUGACAGCAAUGGAGAUUCCCCAGCCAGAUAUGAACUUGUUAAUUUACAAAGUGCCACAUCGGGAACCAUGGAAGUGGCCACAGUCGGUUUCUAUGCCUCGUCUUUGACUGGAGACCACCAGUUCACUAUGAACAACGUUAGCGUUGUAUGGGGAGGAAAUAGUGAGACGGUACCUGUGUCAGUGUGCAGUGAGAGCUGUCCCCCAGGCACUCGUAAGGCUGUACAGAAAGGAAAACCUGUAUGCUGUUAUGACUGUGUCCCAUGUUCAGGUGGCGAGAUCAGCAACACUACAGAUUCAGUCAAGUGCAUGAAGUGCCCGGUCCAAUACUGGUCCAAUGGGAGAGGGGAUAGAUGUGUCAUAAAAGAGAUUGAAUUCCUGUCCUACACUGAGCUCAUGGGGGUCAUUUUACUUCUGUUUUGUUUGAUUGGAGUUUGUUUAACUAUUAUUAUAGCAACAAUUUUUUUCCAAUUCCGGGACACCCCCAUCGUCAGGGCCAACAACUCCGAGCUGAGCUUCCUGCUGCUCUUCUCCUUGACUCUGUGUUUUCUGUGUUCUCUUACUUUCAUCGGCCGGCCCUCUGAGUGGUCCUGUAUGCUGCGUCACACAGCGUUUGGGAUCACCUUCGUCCUCUGCAUCUCUUGUGUUCUGGGGAAAACAAUAGUGGUGUUGAUGGCCUUCAGGGCUACACUUCCAGCCAGUAAUGUCAUGAAAUGGUUUGGUCCUACACAGCAGAGACUCAGUGUUCUGGCUUUCACUCUCAUACAGGUCCUGAUCUGUGUACUUUGGUUAACAGUCUCCCCCCCUUUCCCCUACAAGAACAUGAAGACCUAUAAGGAAAAGAUCAUUCUAGAGUGUGAUGUGGGUUCAGCUAUUGGUUUCUGGGCUGUGUUGGGGUAUAUAGGACUGCUGGCUCUCUUGUGCUUUGUGCUGGCUUUUCUGGCUCGAAAGCUGCCUGAUAAUUUCAAUGAGGCCAAAUUUAUCACAUUCAGCAUGCUCAUAUUCUGUGCAGUCUGGAUCACCUUUAUCCCAGCUUAUGUCAGCUCUCCUGGGAAGUUCACAGUAGCUGUGGAGAUCUUUGCUAUUCUGGCCUCUAGUUAUGGAAUGCUAUUUUGUAUCUUUCUUCCUAAAUGUUUCAUUAUAUUGCUGAGACCAAAGGAAAACACCAAAAAACAUAUGAUGGGGAAGACCAACGAUGUACGUUACUAACUUAAAUACAUAAACAAUUACAUGUAAAAUGUCAAUGUGUUAUUUAUUGACAUGUUGAUUUUAAA